AUGAGUCGCGGGUCUGGAGCAGGGUAUGACCGUCACAUCACCAUCUUCUCGCCCGAAGGCCGUCUCUACCAAGUUGAAUAUGCGUUCAAGGCGGUCAAGUCGGUUGGGGUGACGUCCAUCGCCGUGCGAGGCAAGGAUUCAGUGUGCUUCGUGACUCAGAAGAAGGUCCCUGACAAGCUGACAGACGAGACCAGCGUGACGAACCUGUAUCCGGUCACCAAGGGCAUUGGCAUGCUCGCAACGGGCCUCACAGCCGACGCCAGGUCGCUGGUGCUGAGGGCUCGCCACAAGGCGGCAGAGUUCCGGUUCAAGCUGGGGUACGACGUACCUGUGGACUACCUGGCGAGAAGAUUGGCGGACAUGGCUCAGGUGUAUACCCAGCAGGCAUACAUGCGACCGCUGGGCGUGGCCACCAUGCUGAUUGGCAUUGAUGACGAGUUUGGACCCAUGCUGUACAAGUGCGACCCAGCUGGCUACUAUGUCGGUUACAAGGCCACAGGAGCGGGAGCGAAGGAGCAGGAGGCGAUAAACUUUCUGGAGAAGAAGCUCAAGGAUGGGAAGCACCAGAACCUGACAGCGGAUGAGGCAGUGCAGCUGGCAAUCUCAGCGCUGCAAGGCGUGCUGUCAGAAGACAUGAAGGCGACCGAGAUCGAGGUGGGGUUGGUUGCAGCCAAGGAGGAGACAGCCUUCAGAACGCUCUCUGUGGAUGAGAUCGAAGCGCAUCUGACGGCCAUUAUGAAGCUGGCAUGGUUGUGUAGUACUUUGUGCCGUUUCGAACGCACUCUCGCCGCCUUCCCAUCGAUUCUCGCUCGCCCUCCCGUUCCGAUCAUCCUCGCGCCGUCCGUUCCGUCGUUCGUCCCGUCGCCGUCCCGUCGCCUUCCCGUCACCGUCCCGUCGCCGUCCCGUCGCCUUCCCGUCGCCGUCCCGUCGCCCUCCCUCUCCGUUCGCCCUUCAACUCUCCGUUCGCCCUUACCCUCUCCGUUCGCCCCUCCCCUCUCCAUUCUCCCUUCCCCUCUCCGUUCGCCCUUCCUCUCUCCGUCGCGCUUCCCCUCUCCGUUCGCCCUUCCCCUCUCCGUUCGCCCUUCCCUCUCCGUUCGCCCCUCCCCUCUCCGUUCGCCCCUCCCCUCUCCGUUCUCCCUUCCCCUCUCCGUUCGUCCCUCCCCUCUCUGUUCGCCCUUCCCCUCUCGGUUCGCCCUUCCCCUCUCCGUCCCGCUUCCCCUCUCCGUUCGCCCUUCCCCUCUCCGUUCGCCCUUCCCUCUCCGUUCGCCCCUCCCCUCUCCGUUCGCCCCUCCCUUCUCCGUUCUCCCUUCCCCUCUCCGUUCGCCCCUCCCCUCUCCGUUCGCCCUUCCCCUCUCCGUUCGCCCUUCCUCUCUCCGUCGCGCUUCCCCUCUCCGUUCGCCCUUCCCCUCUCCGUUCGCCCUUCCCCUCUCCGUUCGCCCUUCCCUCUCCGUUCGCCAGUCCCCUCUCCGCCGCGCUUCCCCUCUCCGUUCGCCCUUCCCCUCUCCGUUCGCCCUUCCUCUCUCCGUUCGCCCUUCCUCUCUCUGUGGCGCUUCCUCUCCCGUCGCCCCUCUUCUCUCCCGUCGCCCCUCUUCUCUCCCGUCGCCCCUCCUCUCUCCCGUCAACCUUCCUCUCUCUCCUUACUACGUCGCUCUCGCUGUUCUCGCUCGAAGUACUACCGUGCCUGAUUAA